AUGGGUGGGUGCGGAUGUUAUCUGGGCCGUAUGGAUAUCCAGGCAGCAGCAGGCUACGCACUGCUAGGAGUGGACCAUGAAGGCCACGGGCUAUCAGCUGGUCACCACGGGCUAUCAGCUGGUCACCACGGGCUAUCAGCUGGUCGCCACGGGCUAUCAGCUGGUCGCCACGGGCUAUCAGCUGGUCGCCACGGGCUAUCAGCUGGUCGCCACGGGCUAUCAGCUGGUCGCCACGGGCUAUCAGCUGACGUGGCAGUGAUGCUGGCAGCAGCAGGCUACGCGCUGGUGGGAGUGGACUACGAGGGCCACGGGCUAUCAGCCGGACGGCACGGGUACAUCCGCAGCUUCACUCGCCUGGCAGACGACGUGAUUGAGUUCGCCAACAGGUUAAGAGCAAACCCUAGAUUCUCCCAUCUGCCGUUUUUCCUGUAUGGGGAGUCCAUGGGAGGGGCGAUGGCGAUUCAAGUGGCAAGGAGGGACCCCACUUCUUGGAAUGGAGCAGUGCUGGUGGCACCCAUGUGCAAGAUGGCGCAAGAAAUGACCCCCCCAGCACCAGUCAUCUUCGUUCUCAAGUGCCUCUCAUACAUCUUUCCCACCUGGAAGCUUGUGCCUGUCAGCGCCAACCCUGACAACUGCUUUCAGGUGCCAGAGAAGAGGGAGAGGGCUGAGAAGCACCCCUUUGCAUAUCAGGACAAGCCCCGCCUGGGCACGGCGCUGCAGCUGCUGCGAGUCACCCAAGACAUUGGCGCGCACAUGGAGGAGGUCACCGUCCCCCUCCUGAUUCUCCACGGGGCCAAGGACAUGGUUACGGACCCAGCAGCCAGCCAGGAGCUCUUCAUCCGAGCCAGCAGUGCCGAUAAGGAGAUCAAAAUCUACGAGGGGUGCUGGCAUGCCCUCACAUGCGGUGAGCCUGAUGACGUCAUCGCCAGGGUGGUCGGGGAUAUUAUUGCGUGGCUCAAUGCCAGGAGCCUGCCGCCCGGUUCUGCGCCGGCCGGUGGUGUGGUGGAUGGUACUGCGCCGCCCGGGGUGGUUAAGGAGGGUGGUGGAGGGGAGGUGGGGGAUGCUACUGCGAGUGAUGAGAUGUCGAAAAAGGCCGAGCGAGAGGGAGGAGGUGGGCUGGGAGGAGACGUCGAAGGGGGGGUGGUGGCAGCGGGAGGCGGUGACUGGGGAGCGGGAUUAGGAAGUGGUGGUGCUGCUGGUGGUGCAGGGGAUGAUGUUGGGGAUGGUGGCGGGGAUUUUCCCCCAGUUGUGGGGGAGUUUGGUGGGGUGGUUGCGGAGGGUGCUGGUGCUGGUGUUGGCGCAGGGGGGGUGUGGUCGAUGCCUGGGAGCAAGAGGACAAGUGGGAAAAGGGAGACAUACGGGAAGUGA